GUGAGAGAAGUGCAAGCAUUGCAAGUGCAUCACGCAGUGAAGCUGUGACGGCGACCCCUUCAGAAUCGGACGCUUCUGUCAGUGAGGAUGACCAGCAGGUGCAAACCAAUGCUGGCGGCUGGGCCGUUCCUUUCACCGGCAGCGCUUCAGGAUUUUCUCGGCGACAGUAUCCUAAAGAGCCACAACAGCAGAGGCUCCAUUUGGCUGCUCGCUGUACGCAUGAUCUUGAUUCCCUUGUAAGCUUUCAGCAGGAUUGGUUUUGA